AUGAAGAAGCUAUUCUCCAAGAUCGACAACACGUCGAAGGAGCCCAACAGCUACUUGGGGAAAGUGUUCGUCGUGGGCCGUCACACGGUCACCGUCGAGGAGGUCCUGGCGGAAGGAGGAUUUGCGAUUGUAUUUUUGGUCAAAGCCUCGGGUGGACGAUAUGCGCUUAAACGGAUGUAUGUCAAUAAUGAACAUGAUCUCGGCGUGUGCAAGAGAGAAAUACAAAUUGCUAAAAAUUUGAGCGGUCAUAAAAAUAUUAUAGGAUAUGUAGAUAGUAGCAUAAAUCGCACCACCGGAGGAAUACAUGAACUUCUGCUUUUAAUGCCUUACUGUAAAUCUCAAGUUCUCCAAAUGAUGAAUACCAGAUUGCAAACAGGUUUCAGUGAAUCAGAAGUUAUACAAAUUUUUUGUGACGUUUGUGAAGCUGUAUCAAGAUUGCAUCAUUGUCAAACUCCCAUAAUUCAUAGAGAUCUCAAGGUGGAAAAUAUAUUGCUCGCUGACAGCGGACAUUACGUUCUAUGCGAUUUUGGAUCCGCAACGGGAAAAGUUCUCAAUCCCAGCGUCCACGGCGCCGCGGUAGUCGAGGAGGAAAUAAAGAAAUAUACUACUUUAAGCUACAGAGCACCUGAAAUGGUUGACAUGUAUUGUGGAAAACCUAUUACUACGAAAGCAGAUGUUUGGGCUUUAGGAUGUCUGUUGUAUAAACUUUGCUUUUUCACACUACCGUUUGGUGAAAGCACGCUUGCUAUACAAUCUGGAAAUUUUACUAUACCGGAUAACUCGAAAUAUAGUAAAGCUCUCCAUUGUUUAAUUCGGUACAUGCUUGAGCCAGAUCCUGAUAUACGCCCUGACAUUUACCAAGUUUCCGCAGUUGCCUUUCAAAUUCAAGGCAAAGAGUGUCCUGUGCAAAAUUUACAUAAAGUCCCAACUCCAACAGUAGAGUCAUUACCAUGCCCUCCUAUGGAAUCCGAGAAUAUUAAAAGGGCGGCAUCUGUAAAAACACCUAAACCCACGCCUAUAGCGACGACGGUCGAAGGCACGUCCGUGACGCCGAGGCAAAGACCGAAAGGACAGGCUGUUAGUACAGGACCGAUCAGUUUAAGUGGUCAAAUUGUGGGACAAAUAUCAGGCCAAGGAAAUCAGACACCCCAAACUACGCCGGCAAAUUCUAUCUCUUAUGUUCAAGUAUCGCCGCAAGUUUGCAGUCAAAGUGUUCCUUUCGGCCAGUCGCAGGGACAACCGUCGCAGUAUGGUCAAUCACAGAGCCCAAUGAUCAGUCACUCUCCUCUGACUCAACAGUCACCUGUCACUGUUCAAGAUAAAAAUGCGUUUUACUUCGAUUCGAGGCAGCAUGAUGCUACGAGAGCUACAACGAACGUAAACGAAAAGAAUUUAGAGGCAUUAUUUCCGGCGUCAGGGUAUCCGGAUCCGUUCAAGGAUGACACAAGAGCGAUGCCGCCACCUGCCAAGAUACCACCUCCCGUUGCACCUAAACCCAGCAAGAUCCUUCCAAAACUGUCCAAUCCUAAUUAUCCGUCAUCAUCCAAGUAUCCUCCAGUGACUUCCUUACCAUCGAAAUUGUCACUUCCGACGGGGUCUAACAUGACGACUCCGUCGACGGUGACGCCAACGGCUUUACCAAAACCAGUUAAUAAAACGGAGAGUUUGAGUCAAAAUAUAAGUUCGAGCAUAUCUCCGCCUGACAGUCCGACAUUGUCGUCGUCACGUCACAGGAGGAACGUCAGUGACACGAGUGCUUUUAACAAAGCGUUUGCAACGGAAACCACUCAAUUCUUAGCGCCAUAUGAGGCUUCGGUCAAGCCGCGUGUCGAUGAUACGACCACGCCACCAGAACUUCCAAGUGAUACAAGGCCUUGUAUAGCAACUAGUGCCUCGCAUGUACGUGUUGGCGAACUUUCAAACUUAAUGGGAUCGGAAGCGAGAUCGUUAAGUGCGGAUGUAGCGGCGUGGAAUCCGUUUGAGGAUGUACAACCUUUUAAUCAGUUAACGGAAGAUCAUAUCUUCGGUGCUGAAUUUGACAAGAUAAGAAGAGGAAGCAAUACCAGUAUCAGUGGGGUGAAAAGUCGCGAAAGCCUUGUAAUGACGUAUACAGAAUUACCAGAAGAUCCUUUUGAAUCUGCACCCUUUAGCCUGCCAAGGAAGAAGAAUAAAAUUGGGUCAAAGACUGCUGCUAUUGCUGGAGGAAAAUCGACGAACGGUAGACCAAGGGUGCCCUUGGCACAAUGGAAUUCCGGGAUCGAGCACGGUGGUAACGGCGGCGGUGGCGUGGACGACGAGGCAUCUCUAAUCACGGAAUCCAGCCCAGUUUCGCCGCCGUUUGUUCGCGCACCAGCGGAAGAUCGUUCCAAAUACGAGAAAUUAGCAUUUAACGCCGACGAGGUGUCAAGUGACAGUGAUAAGGGUGCUAAAGAAGCGAAGGAACGAGCGAGGAAAGCGAAGAGGCGACGCGUGAAGAACGUGCUGAGCCGCAGGAGGAGAGUGGCCGCUCAGCAUAACGACAACAACGCGGAUAGCGCAGCGAAUGUGGAAUACGAGUCGGACGACUCAAUCGGCUCGGCUAGCGAUCUGCGUGCAAUGAACGAUGAAGAGGGUAACGACGGCGAGAUGAACGACGACGACGACGAGGACGAGGACGGUAAGGCGCGUGGCAAACACGACGAGACCAUCUCCGAGAGCGUGCGUACGUGCGGCAGCUCUGCGUAUCACGCGGAAUGCGAAUCCGUGGCGACGCACGAGGAUGAUUACAGGAUGAAGAGGCCGAGAAAGCAUCACUAUCGGCAGCACGAGCAACAGUUGCCGACGAUCGACGCGGACCCGAUCGUCGGCCACCAGUACGGCGAGAAGCCGCUGUUGCUGGAUGAUGAGCUAGAUCCUGAGUCUAAGCCGGAGCAGUCACACGGCGAUCCCUUCGUGCGACAUCAGUAUGGCUCGAAGCCGUUGCUGUUCAAUAACGGCGACAGCUCGUCCGAUGACAACGACAAGUCCAAGUCGCUCAACAACGGAAUCUGGAAGGUUGAGGACGAUGUGUUCGCCCUGGCUCCUUUUCCGCGGUCCAGCAGUUCGCGGAAGAGCAGCGACAGUCGCGAAAGCGAACCCAGGAACGUCGAUCUGGGCGGUAGCGCAAGAAACUCGCCUCACAAUUCGAAUCUGGUAACACCGAUCUCUAACUCACCCAUACCGACGGAAGUGUUCGUGGACGUCGUGGAGAGUAAAGCCGCACCUCCGGCCAAGUCCGCCGCUAUGCCUUGCAAAUAUCCCAAGAGUCUCGUAAUCGCGAACAGCAAAACUAUCUACGAAGAGCCAGCAACGUUCCAUCAGUCAAAUCUCGUCCAAACGUCAUCACCGAUCAAGAGCAGUCCUCACGUCAGCAUCGCCGAGGAAGAGGAGAACCUCGAGAAGGACCUCUUCGGUUCCUCCCCGUUCAGCCCGAGUGGAUUUACCAAUCCCUUCAACAACACUCAGUCGAAUUUCUCGAACAUUGACUCUGUACCGACGCAGCCCAUGUCGAUCCUGAGUCCGGUGGGUCCUUCCUCGUACAUCGAUUAUGCCAACUGCGUCCCGCUGCAAUCCCACAACACGGCAACACCGGAUAAUUAUUACACUAGUCACUCGAACACAAUCGCGUCCACGUCGAAAUACGGUAUGGUGACGGUGAACUCUGAGCCAGCGAUUAGCGCGGAACUGUCCAAGGAUCUCUUUGGGUCGAUCCCAUUCGAGGAGUUUGCCUCGUUGAAGCUCAACGAACAACAGCAGCAGCAACGUCCGACGUCUCUGUCGCUGUCACAAUCCUUGUCGCAGUCGCAAUCGCCGAAUUAUAUAGACAAUGUCGCAUUAACAACGGCGUUACCGGUCAGUAGCGUCGUGCAGUCCCCAAAGAACAACGUCGUUCAUCUGACACCCACACCGUCAUCGCAGUCGCAACCAUCGUCCGCCUUCACGAUCCAAACGACUACGCACACCGCCAGGAUCACUGUGCACGCAGUCAAUAGCGUCUCCAAGGUAGACAUUACGUCCGACAUGAUAUCACCCAUGUCGCCUGAGCCUUUGGUUGUCGCGGACGACGAUACGCCGAAGCAUAACAAAAAGGACAAGUCCAAGUAUCAUCUGAUCAACGAGAACCAUGGCGAUGUCGUCGACGUGUUACCGACCUACAAAGUGUCCCAUAAGGCAAAAUCGACGAGUCAUAAAAAAACGCCGAAGGGCAAGAAAAACACAACGGCGACCGCUGGUUUCAGCAACAUGAGCUUCGAGGAUUUUCCCAGCGACGAGAACGAGGAGAGACAAGCGGGACGGACGAAAGUAGCGCCCUUCGAGGUGAUCCGCGAGGCCUCGGAGAAGCGAUUUGGCUCGUUGAAGAGGCGGAGCAAUCCGUUCACCUGAAAUGAGAUGAUUUUCGUUAGGAGCUAGUUGACACAAAGCCGUUUAUUAGCGACAGAUAGAACGCAUCGAUAUGAUAUAGUCGAUUAAUUCUUUGUGUAUGUUGUAGAGAUAUCGGUAAACAAGCAAAAUUAUUUCAUUGGUUUGAGAAUUUUAUUAUGUGUCUUAUGAAUGCACACAUACACACACACACACACACACACACACACACAUAUAUAUUAACAGCGUUAGCAAGAUAUUAAUCUCGACAAAAAUGGCAUGAUACAAUUUCCAAUACUGAGAAAUCAGUUGACAUACAGGUUGUAUAUACACAGAAAAUAUUUGCGUGUAAGACAAUUUGCUUUUCAGACGCGCAAAUAUAUACGUCAGAGUGAAAUUCCGAUUGAAUAAAGCCUUACGCCUGUCUUACAUUAUUUUUCGGAAUGUGCGUUUGUGAAAAAAUAUAAUCUAGAGAAAUGUAACUUAUUUAGUAGAGCUUUUAUGGAAGAUCGCAAAAAAUAAUUAUUCUACUCAAAGUUUUCUCUUCUACGAUUAAGUCAAAUAUUUAACGCUACAAUAUUCAUUAGAAACUGUUUCUUUAAAUGCUUAAAUUGCUCUUAAAUUAACAAAAUUAUGCGAACAUGAUCAAUGUCUUUUUGACGCUCGUGCACUUUUUUCACAAACGUCGACAAUGUGAUGUGAUAGCAGCGAGUAUAGCUGCAUAUGUUUAUAUCAGGAGGCAUACAGCAUGAGCAAAUAUAUUUAUAUGUACACAUGCCUAACUGACAAACAAGUGAUGGGUCUGUAUAAAACGUGAUUUACUAUUAAUGUUGGAAAGUAUUAAUUCAUAUACUACCACUUUUUAAUUACUUUUUGCAUUUUUAGAAGAUUUACACAAACAAGACAGAUAGCCAUAAGAAAUUGACAGAAAAAAGACAUUUUAAAGAAAAUUGUUGAUUUUUGAAAUGUUGAAGAAGAAAGAAAGAGAGAGAAAGAGAGACACUUCCCAACUUAUGUUUUAAUAUGAAACCAGGUUGUGGAACUUGGCAGCUCGAUACCAAAAAUGAUAAAAAUAAGUAGAGAAAGCUCGUGCAUCUAUUUUUGCAGCUAAGUCUUUUCACUACGUUUGUACUUUAAAAAUUUGUAGAUUUCUACUAGUACAAUCUACUAGUUCAUACAAAGCAAUUUUUCUAAGAAAGUUAAUCUGUACUAUAUACAUAUAUAUAUCUGUAACUCGCAAUUCGUCGCAAAGUCUACCGUCGGUGAAAAAGAGAAAAUUUUUAUCAUAUAUAUUUAUGGUCUCUGGGAAAAGAGAGAUUAUAACAGAGUAUUCCUUAUCACACACAAGAUUAUAACAUAAUGAAUGAAAAUUUACAGAAAUUAGUGUUACAAAGGCGCAGAUAAUAGCAUUGAAAUGAUUCAUAAUAUUUGUUAUAAAGAAACAAAAAACAGGCUUGCCUAAAGAA